GGCGGGCGAGUGUGCGCAGCCUCAAACAAUUUUAGAGAGCAGAGCAAAUACGUGGCGCACAAUGAAUGGUGCACACAGCUAGGAGACGAGUAUUUGGAGAAAUCUUCCAUACGCAAGAAACUUGUGAUAUCAAUUUUCCACGCGCACUACCGCAGACUCAUUUAAGUGGUAGAUGCCACAAAUACGUCUGCCCUUUUUUGUACUUGACCUGCUUUAUUUUACAUAUUCUCUUUCAUUGAUAUUCUCUUUCAUUGAUAUUCUCUUUCAUUGAUAUUCUCUUUCAUUGAUAUUCUCUUUCAUUCGUAUUCUCUUUCAUUCAUAUUCUCUUUCAUUUAUAUUAUCUUUCAUUCAUAUUCAUUACUCUAUAUACACCUUAUCUCUCGCCUCACAACUCCAUACCCGUAAUCAUCUCCAACUGGGCUGCAAGAUCCGCCUCCGCCUUCUUGCUCGUGUCCUUCUUCUCCUUGUCUUUCGUCAACUCUUGCUUUAAAUGCUUCACAUCUAACACACUGGCAGGCUUCUGCGAUGCCAUCUGAAGCUGCUGGAGCCCCUCAAAAUCAGCAUUCAUCCUCUCUAUUUGCACCUUCGUCGCCUUACUCUGGCCCUUGCUUACUCCCACUGUUUUCUUCACCGCCCCCAGCUGUUUCACCCCGAGCCUUUUGCUCUUCACUUUCCUUCUCCUAUCUGCGGUUGGCUUCAUGAUAUAUUUUGUUUCCGCGAAAAAUUUUGAGAUGAGCAUCAAUGGUUUCUACUCAUAAUCGUGACAAGCCCUGGGAUACCCCCGACAUCGACAAGUGGCAUCAGGAUGAGUUCCAGCCGGAACACAAUGCUAGUGGCCAGCCAUUCACCGAAGAACUGAACUUCAUGACGUUGUUCCCCAAGUACAGAGAACAGUACUUGAGAUCCAUUUGGAACGAUGUCACGAAAGCUUUGGAUAAACACCACAUCGCCUGUCAGUUGGACCUCGUUGAAGGAUCCAUGACAGUCAGAACUACAGGUAAGACGUUUGACCCUGCCAUCAUCUUGAAAGCAAGAGAUUUGAUCAAGUUGUUGGCAAGAUCGGUUCCUUUCCCUCAGGCAGUUAAAGUUUUGCAAGAUGACACCGCCUGUGAAGUAAUCAAGAUUGGAAAUGUCGUCACCAACAAGGACCGAUUUGUCAAGAGAAGACAACGGCUUGUGGGCCCCAACGGGAACACUUUGAAAGCAUUGGAACUUUUAACCAAAUGCUACAUUUUAGUCCAAGGUAACACUGUCAGCGUGAUGGGACCUUACUCCGGGUUAAAGACGGUGCGGCGGGUGGUGGAGGAUUGCAUGAAGAACGUGCAUCCGAUCUACCACAUCAAGGAGUUGAUGAUCAAACAGGAAUUAAGUAAAAAGCCCGAGCUCGCCAACGAGGACUGGUCGAGAUUCUUACCCAAGUUCAAGAAGCAAAAUGUCCAAAGAAAGAAGGCUCCUAAGAGAGAGAAGAAAGUGUACACACCAUUCCCACCUCAGCAACAGCCUAGAAAAAUUGAUAUGCAAAUUGAGAGUGGUGAGUAUUUCUUGAGGAAGAGUGAGAAGAAGCAGAAGCAGAUGGAUGAAAAGAAGGAAAAGCAGGAGGAAGCGUUGCUGGCCAAGCAGCAGCAGAGACAGCAGGACUAUGAGGCUCCGGAAGAGGAAUCGUACGAAAAUCCGUUGAAAAAGAGAAAACAUCAUGGAGAAGAGCUGAAGAAGAAGAAGAGCAAGAAGGAUAAGAAGGAUAAAAAGGCCUUAGAAUAAGCAGCAUGCACGGGGGCUAGUACGAUGCAUAUAGAACGAAGUUAUGUACACAAACGAAAUGUAUGUCUUUAUUUAUGUACACAAACGAAAUGUACGUCCUUAUUUAUGUACACAAACGAAAAGUCUAUCCUUAUUUGUGUACACAAACGAAAUGUAUGUCCUUAUUUAUGUACACAAACGAAAAGUCUAUCCUUAUUUGUGUACACAGACAAAAGCUAUAACCCUAAACGAGGUAUGCACCAACCAAGUUAGGAAGAGUUGUUUAUGGGACUUUCCG